AGAGGUAAGGUAGUAAAGAUACUCUUUCAAACUUCUUCUAAUAUAAAAGACGAAUAGUCUCAGAGGAAGGCGAUUUACAUCUAAAAUAUCAUAUAAAGGAUGACUGUGAAUAGAAUUCCAAUCUCACUCAUCUAGUAUAUAAGCAUGAACCAUUUAAACAGGUAUAUGCAUUUAAGAAAUUCGAUAUACAGAUGAAAUUUCUCACCUAAAACCAUAUAUACUUUCCGAAUCACCACUCUUAAUCGAUUAUUUAACUUAGCUAUCAAUGAGUUCCUAACUCUUAUAUAAUAUAAUAUAGUAAGUUAUUUUUUACCAAAACUAUAGUAAGUAUUUACAUUCUGAAAAAUAAAAGUAUUUACAUUUUGUAUCUCCUUAAAUUUUUAAAAUUCGACUGAGUUGUAUGUUUGGAACUCAUGAUGAUUACUUUUCUCUAAGUUUUCCAAAAUAAUAAGAAAGUAUCAAGAUGGUAUUAUCUUUAGGUAAAUUUCCUUGUACUAGACAAUUACUCUAGUAUCUUCAGCCAUAUUCUCCUCGGGUUUGUGGUUAAAUGGGUGUAGACGGUCCUGGUGGAAUGCAAUAGAGGCGGUAAUCUCUGGCGGAAACUACUGAACGACGGCAUCAUCGAUCUUCGACUCUUCCUCGUACCGUCAGUGGUUUCUUUUAUCAAGCUUGCUCUGAGUCUGUGGUUGGAUUCUUCGCUUUAGUUCGCUCUGGAUUGUCGGUUGCAAACUGUAGGAACCGUAGUAUUCAGGGUUUGAGGGUACCAUUUUCUCGAUAGUUCGCGGCAACUUGUCGGUGUUCUCAUCUAGUUCUGGAGUUGGAAGGUAUGUCCUCAUCUCGCUAUUACUCUGUUUGAACGCUUGCGCUGCGUUGUUGUUAGGUCCGGUCCUUUGCUGAUGUCGUUAGUUUUCUCGUGUGGUGUUGUUGUUUAUUUUUUCUGCUACUAGUCAUCUAUUGUAACCUCUCUCAAAAAAUCGAAAACCGGUAAUAAUAUCUAACAUUUUUACCAAAAAAAAAACAUUUGACAAACAAUAUCAUUUCAAAAGACAUUAUAAUAAUAACAACAUAUUGUUUUUUUCAUUUUCCUCCGUGGGUCUCCCCCCAUAUAUUAAGGACCUUGGUAAAUUUGAGCAAGAUUAUAACAGUUGGUGGUAAAAUCUUCUUUGUAGGUAUAAUAAGCAUGUAGGAAUAAGUUAGUUGAUGACCGUUAGGUUUAACACCUACGUUUCAAUUUUUCCCCGGGAGAGAGAUUAAAAAACAGAGGAAUAGAGAGAAAACAAGAGAAAGAUAAAAGAUCAAUGGCAAAAUGAAGGAAGAAGAGAGACAUGGUUCAUCAUCCGAUUCUUCUUCUUCGUCUUCUCUUCCUGUGAGCUACGGAGUUGACUACGAAAAAUACAACUUCUCCUCUUCUGUUUCUUCUCUUUCUCGACCGUUUUCUCCGGAAGGAUCAAGCAACAAGAGCUGUGUUCUGGAAAAUAAUCUUUCCUCUGUUUUCUCGUUGGACCAUGACGACAGUCUCCCCAUCUUCUCUAGAGAGAGACCAUGUUCUUGUGUCCAUCAUGUCUUCCAGUGGAUUCUGCAGAGGUGUUGUGGCUGUUUCUGUUAGCCUUUCUUUUGCCUCUCUUAAUACCUCUAGCUUAAUAUGAUACCAUCAUUGUAGGACUUGUUCUACUCUUUUCAAUCUCUUCUUAUGUCAUAUUGCAAUUUGAAUGAAAUGAAAGCGUAUAUUAAAGCUAAAACCACUAAAACACA